CUUGAAAAUUAACAAGUCCGCAUUUGCCAAAUAGAGCCAUGUCGAACAGAUAUUAAUCAAAGCAGUGAUUAAAAAAAAAUCACAUACGUGGGCAUAAUACAGCUGUUUCUUGACGAGGUUCAGGCAAAGUGUUAAUUGUCCUCGAUUUGAAUCCAUUUUCUUAGAACUUAUUUUUUUUGUUAUUUCAGCCCCCCGUGAUCAUUUCGUCGGGAUAAUUUUUUCUCCGCCUCUCUCCACAACUUUGAAUUCAUUUUCUUCCCUGAUCGUUGAAUGAGGGUAAACACUCUCACUUCUUUAGACUCAUCAAAACUUGACAGCGCGUUGAGUGAUUUUUGCGAAGAUAAGGUGAUGCAUGAACUACCAGGCUCGCGAGAUAUUUGUCGAUAUUUUAUUUGCGUUUCGCGGAACUAAAGCAGAUCACAAACUUAAGGCACAAAACUUAGGGGAUAAUCAGACUUUCUACUCUUCGCGAGCGCCUGAUGUGAGUUCCAGUCAGUAAAUGUGACAACUUGUCGGGUCAAAGAAUGGAUUCAUUAACGAGGCUUGAACAUUUUGUUCGGAUUAACUUUGCCUAUGUUCUUUACCACCUAGAUACACAUUCAUACUACGAACAAGUCGAGGGCCAUGGCUGAUUGUACACUGGACGGAUCACUUUGGACAUCCCUAAUAUUCUUUUUUUUAAUUGCUAUCCUCGCCAUAUUCGGGAACGGACUUGUGUGCGCGGCAUUCGCAACCAACAAACGCCUUAGGAUUCUCACUAACUACUAUGUCGUUUCACUGGCUGUGUCGGAUAUUUUGGUCGGGAGCUUUAAUAUCCCGCUUUGGAUGUACAUAAUGAAGAAGUAAGUAAUAAGACAACGUAUCUAUAUAUGUGCCUGUGGAGGCAAUACAAUUAUCUUAAGUGAAAAUUAAGUAGACCUUCGCUCUUUUGAUCGAUUUCAACUAUUUUGAUGCCCCUUUGGGACGUGACUUGGCAAAGUAACGAGGUGUGUAGUUCCAAAAAUAGAAAAUGUUCUUUAUCUCAAAGAGAAAAUCUCUGAAACAGGAGAAAUAAAGCAAUUCAAGGAGAAAGCUGUUUGAAAUGAAACGAAGAUUAUCUUUGUAAACGACGGCCACCGCGCUCUAUUAGCGCAAAAGAACACAAUGGAUACAGGCUGUAUUCAAAAAUAAUAAUAUGUCGUCACGUUAUCAUUCACCGUGCUCGAUACUACAAUCUUUGGAUUUGUUUAGGGUUUGUUAUGUUAAUUUUUUUUCCCUGUCUUUUUCGAGCUUGUUGGAAAUCUUCGUAAUUUAUUCAAUACAAGCGACAGAGUUUCGCACCUGAGGCAUUUUCUUUUCAGGCGAACACGAAUAAAUUAAACUACAGUAAAUAAACUUUCUUCGCGAGUCGUAUAAUCAGUUAUCUAUCUAUUAUAAAAGGGCAAGCAUUUGAGGCAGACAACAUCUAAACUAGUUAUAAUUUUGAGUCCACAUUAUUCAGAUGCCCCUGCUCAAUGUAAGUGUAUACCGAAGGAAAGGACAUUUUUGUAACAACAAUUUCCGCUGAUUCAUAGGCUUUGUUUUGUUUACAUGAUUUGAUUUCCAAGUGGGUUUUUCGGUCAAGUGCGUUUUUUUUUUUGUACUUCCUGCCAUCACUCAUCUUUUUUGGAAUUUCCGCACUUGAGAAAUUUCUCGAAACAGCUACGGUCAAAAAGGCAAAUUAAAGAAACAGAAUUUUGUCGUUGGAGAUUUUAUGCAUGUGAUGUGACUUACAAAAAUGACUCAUGCAAGCCAAGAAUUCUUGGGUAAACGUCAACAGUGUUUUUGACUUUUGGCGUUCGAUAAGGAAUAUGUUCCGUCAGAGUUUUUUAAAACGAUCGAUGUUAUUUUAAAUAAGUUCUUUCACAGUAAAAAUACGAGACGAAAACGUUCUAAAUUCGAAAGGGGAAAGAUUUGUCUUUGAGCUAAAGAAACUAGCAAAUUCGAUGCAGUACUCUUUGCAGAAAGAGUUUUUGAUCGUGGAAUACUCACCAUUCUGUUGUUCUACAUUUCAGAUCCCAUUGUGAAAGUGAGUAUGGCAACGGUUUUUACGAAGCUUUCAUCAUAUUCGACAUCUUGUGUGGUACGGCCUCGAUCUGGAACAUGACUGCCAUAAGCAUUGACAGGUUAGAAAAGCUGUGAUGAUGUGAUGAAUUGGAUCAGGGCAUAGGAAUGAAGUUGAUUCCUGGUUUGUCAUUAUCAGUCCUAGUCAAUAUUCUCCAUUAACACCUUUCCCUAUUCCUCUUUGGUUGAUUUUUCCCGACUUGCUAUUUCUCUCUCUUACCAAACUGAUAUUUGGUGGCGGCUUCGCUUAUGUUGAAAGCAAAAUUUACCUGGCGUAAAAAGCGUCUCUAAAUUUCCUUUCGUAGUUCCUUAAACUUCAUAAAAGAGCUUCGCGAUUGAUUGUUGUGAAGUAAAACUGAAGUAAUCAUAUCGGCUAGUCAUAACAGAGAAAAUAUCACUAGGAGCUAAUCAGAACUCGAAGUAAGCGCGGGUAAACGUGGUGAGAAAUUUUCGACUGAUCACAACCAAAUGCCAGAUCAAUUUCGAAACUCAGUUGGAAAUUGCUCCAUGUUACUAUAUACGUCUUGUUGCUACUUGAGUCACCCGCAUAAUGACCCUGCGGAAAAGAAGUAGAAACCGAAAAGACAGAAAAAGCAAAGCUUUCUUUGUUGGUUUUAUCUAUCUCGUCUCCUUCCGAAUUUUCUCCGCGCAUGCUGCUAGCUCACCAAUUGCUUCUCGUAGUUUCUUGUGUCCUAUACUGUUUUCGUUUCUGGCCCUCGCAGAGUAAGAGAGCCUUUGGCUUAAUCUGACGUUUAAUGUUACGGUCUGGCAACCGCUGAAGAUAGUUAGAGAAGUACACUCUAGAAAACCUAUGAUUUCUUAUUCAUGCCGUUACUAAGUAUGUAAAACAAUUUUCUAUUUCCCGCCCUUUUUUUAAACACAUUUUCUUUCUUUUGGCAUGUUUAAAACAAUUUGUUAAAAAUUUCACAGGCUACAAGACAUUUUGAAGUUUGUCUCUGGGAUGCGUACUUUACUUGCUAUUUUAGCUGAACAAAACCCACAAAACGCGCGCACUCAAGUUGCGUAUGAUACGUUUCCCAGGGCAAAUUGCGACAAGGUGCGCGUUCUAUGCAAGGUUUUCUACACCCGCUUGAUUAAUUUUUCCUUUACUUUGUGCAGAUUUGCGGCUGUGGUUUAUCCGACAGUUUACAAACAUCGCAUGAAGAGCACAAAACUCGCUGGCUGGACAAUCCUCGGUGUAUGGAUCUUUUCACUUUUCGUUGCCUUGCUUCGACUUGCAUACCAAAAAUUCAAUUAUGCCAUGUUUGUUGUGACUCUGAGCUUCUUUAUUCCGCUGUUGUUAAUCUUGUUUUCAUACGGAAACAUUUACCGCGUGGUUCGGUAUCGUGCAAAAUGGACUGGGUCCGUGUUGAUCGAGAUCAAACUGGCGCGAACUCUUUCGAUCGUGAUUGGUGCAUUCAUUCUCUGCUGGGGGCCAUUUUUCAUCAUCAACAUAGUAACCUAUUAUUGCGGCUACAAGACAUGUGAUUAUAAGGUUGCUAUGACGGUAAUUAAAUGGCUUCAGUACGCGAGCACCUGCAUUAACCCUAUCAUCUAUACUAUCAGGAACCGUGAGUUUCGUUUCACCUUUCACAAGCUGAUUUUCCGUUGUAACUACAGAAAUGGAAAAUACGUGUUUAACCCCCAAGAAAAGCUAUCCAGUGGGUGGGGUUGCUGUCAGCUCGGCGGUCCCAUCGAUGUAGAUUUUGGCGAGAGUCGAUCGCGUUAUCCGACCUAUACCGAAGAAGCCAUGCUUUCUAGUUCGCGCCUUCGGAGUUCAACGACGCCUACUAAAGUUCAAGGGACAACUUUAGCCUUUGAUAACUUAUCUUCGUCACAACACAUGCAGCCUAGUUGUGACACAGCUCAGCGUUUUCGUUCCUAACGUUUCUCACGGGAAAAGAGGACACAUGCAGUCGUAACACCUCCUGGGCUGUUAUUGCUACAAAGUAGUUGUACAUAUUACAGUUAAAAAAAGAACUGUACGUGAUAAUUAUGUCCGCUUGCAAAAAGUCUUAACAGUGCUUUGUGCUUAGUAGCGUAGAUAGAAAGACCCCGACUAUGAAGACAAAGGAUAGUGAAAAACCAAGGGAAACUUUCUGAGAUUUUGUUUUGCGAAAGAUAGACAAUAGAUCUAGCAUCGCCAACAAAAACAUCACCAAGUUACUGAUGAAGCGGGGCUGAAUUGAACAGAGAAACCUUUUGGACACCUUUCAUUCAAUUGUUCAGAAUGUGAUUUAGUUUUAUCAUCGUAAACCAUAAGCUACCGUAAGAGUAACUGGGAGGGUAUGACUCUCCAGAAAUAAAGAUGACAAAUUAAAUAACGUUUAUAAAAAAGAAAUUAUGACGUUUCUUAUGUCUUGGUAUAUUUCCGGAGUUUACUUUGGUUCUGUAUGUGCGGAAUUUUGAACGCUCGUUCCAAUUAGUAGUGACAAAUUGGAAUUGUAAUGCGAUCCGCUAGACAAAGUUUAUCGCAGAAAAUUUUUCUUUCAUAAAUGUUUCUCCAACGUGGGAGCUGCACUAUUGUUCUUGAAAUUCUGUAACACUUGUCGUGCGC